AUGGAACAUAUCGAUCUUUCAUCACUUACCCUACGGUCACAAGAACAACAUUUGGUAAAAGAUCUCUUUCUCGUUUACAUGGCUUAUCAAGGAAACAGUAUACGAUUUGUUAAAGAGGGUGAUACCGUUACGUGGACGGUGAAUCCAAGCUCAGAUACUUGCCUGCGCAGCGCACUGUAUGCUGAUGCAUGUCUCCCUCUUGCCGCUACACUGAUUCAGCUUCGUCAUAAUAUCAAAAACAUAUGUUGCGAGUUAUCACGUGGUCGGGUGGCACUUGCUGUUGGAUCUGCGGCUGAAGAAUUCUUCAAUUUGGAAAUAAUGCCUUUAUUAGUUAAGUUGGAACUCGAGAACCGGAAUGAUCAAAAAUCAUUGACCCUUGCAGAAGUUGCCACAUAUAUGCGUCCAUAUAUGCAAAUAACGAAACAGCUGAAUGAAGUACUUUCAUCUAUAAUUAAGGAUGAUCUUGUGGGUGGUGAAGUAUUAUCAUUGUUAUCUGAACAAAUACGAAAAUGUGUAUCACCGACAACUCGUGAUAUGCUGCAAAAAUUUGAAAUAGCUGGAUUGGAACAAUAUUUUGAGCUAUUGUUUUGGUGGAUACGCUAUGGGAAAAUUCAGGAUUGCUGUCAUGACUUUAUGAUUUGGGAUCUUAAAAGUUCGAAAAUGUUUUCAAAAUCAGAUAUCGUACCGGAAGAUGAUGACAUUUUUGGUGAUGGUUCGAACAAUUUCAAUGAUCGGUUUUGUGUUGUGAAAGCUUUGUGUCCAUCGCAGCUGCAAUCUGCGUUUGAAGAUAUUGUAAAAUGUGGCACAUAUCUGAAUAUUGCUGAAAUGAUCAAAGGUGAGACUACAACAUAUGAUGACGAGCGGAUUGGCGAAGAAGAAGAACUGGAGGAAUGGAAACGAAAAAAUGUUGACGAUGUUGUACGUGAAGUAAAGAAAGCUCGAUUAAAAGCAAGCAAAGAUUUGGUUCAAAUUUUACGUAAGCAGUUCUGUUUGGAUGAAUAUUUCGAGUCGUUUCAUAAUUUUCUUCUCUUACAACGCUCCGAUUGGCUAGUUUCAUUCCACGAAUUAUCUCGAGAUAUGCUUAAUAGUUCCGUUCGAGAUAUAUCAGUAAAGAAAUUGCAAAUAUUAUUCGAAGAAGCCGUAGACUGCUCUACAUUACAUUUCGACAAACAUAGGCACAUAUUCAGGCCUAUUUUGGAGAAGUACGAUGUCUUCACAUCAUUGCAUUUAAUCAGUGGAAAAGUUGAGCAAAAGAAAAAAUUAUGGAUAGAUUUCGAAACAACUGAAAGUAAAAAUGGACAGGACGCACUAUCAAUCCAUAUUAAUGUCGAUUCACCAUUAUCACUUGUUUUUCCGCCACGGAUUUUGCUUUAUUACAAUCUUCUUUUCCGGAUAUUUUUUUAUCUUUUCAGUGCUACUAAUCAAAUUUUCAACAAACAGAUGCGUAGUGAUGUAGUGACGACACUUAAUGAUAGACGUUUAUUAGAAGAAAUGCUUCAUUUUCUGAAUGCAUAUAAUUUACAUUGCUCGAUAUAUGUUGUACCUCGCUUAUGGAGUAUUUUUAUUGAUAAAUUAUCAAAAUCUGCAAGUCUUGAAGAAAUAUUAUCAUUCCAAAAUUCUUUUUUCGCCGAUACGAUGGCUCAAUGUUUCUUACCGGAUCCGAAGUUCAUGGACUUGCUUUCGAAUUUGGUUGCUGUUAUCCGCGGUUUUACAACCGAUGAAAUUAAAUAUGACCAAUCAGCUCAAAAAUGGAACGAGUAUCUUGGGAAAAUGUUCUCUCUUCUUUCGAAGCCAAAUAAUAAUAAUGCAUAUGCUCAGUUGCAUUCUAGGUAG